AUGUCAGCUGACGAUGGGAAAAAUGUGGUCAUGAAAGGUGUAACUCAUGGUGCUUGUGAUUACCUGAUUAAACCGAUUCGCGUUGAGGAACUGAAGAACAUAUGGCAGCAUGUGGUUCGGAAUAGAAAGAACGAAUGGAAGGAUUUGGAGCAAUCAGGGAGUGUCGAAGAGGGAGGAGAUAGGCUGCAGAAACAAUCUGAAGAUGCAGAUUACUCAUCCUCAGCAAAUGAAGGAAGUUGGAAAAAUUCAAAGAGGAGAAAAGAUGAGGAAGAAGAAGCAGAGGAGAGGGAUGAUACAUCCACGUUAAAGAAACCACGUGUGGUUUGGUCAGUUGAACUUCACCAACAGUUUGUUGCAGCAGUUAAUCAACUAGGAAUCGACAAGGCUGUUCCCAAGAAAAUUCUGGAGUUGAUGAAUGUUCCUGGGGUCACUAGAGAAAAUGUUGCUAGCCACCUUCGGAAAUAUCGCUUGUAUCUUAGAAGGUUAAGUGGGGUUUCACAGCACCAGAACGGUAUGGGCAACUCUUUUAUCAGCCCACAAGAAGCAACAUAUGGAGCAUUGUCCUCGCUUAAUGGCCUCGACCUUCAAACUCUUGCUGCUGCUGGUCAACUCCCUGCACAAAGCCUUGCCACACUGCAAGCAGCCGGACUUGGUGGAUCAACAGCAAAACCUAGAAUGCCCAUGCCAAUUGUUGAUCAGAGGAACCUUUUCAGCUUUGAAAAUCCAAAAUUAAGAUUUGGGGAGGGGCCACAGCAACAUUUGAACAAUGGUAAGCAAAUGAACCUACUUCAUGGAAUCCCAACCACCAUGGAGCCGAAGCAGCUAGCCAACUUGCACCAUUCAGCACAGUGCCUCGGGAGCAUGAAUAUGCAACUCAAUGCCCUUGGAGGCCUGAGUGGUCAGAGUGGUUCUUUGCUGAUGGAGAUGUCCCAACAGCAGUCUAGGGGCCAGAUAGUAAAUGAAACUACCAGCAGCCAUGCUUACCGACUCCCGUCAUCCGUAGGGCAGCCUAUUGUCACUAAUGCACUUACCAGUGGGGUCUUGGCAAGAAAUGGAUUAGCUGAAAAUGGCAGGGGAAUAGGAUUUAAUCCAGUUUCACAAUCAUCUCCAAUGUUGAAUUUCCCCUUGAACACCACAGCUGAAUUGACAGCCACUAGUUUUCCUCUUGGAAGUGCUACUGGAGUGCCUAGUCUUACAUCCAAGGGGACGUUUCAGGAAGAGAUUAACUCAGAAAUAAAAGGACCUGGAGGAUUCAUGCCAAGUUAUGAUAUUUUUAGUGACUUGCAACAGCACAGAUCCCAUGAUUGGGAGUUACAGAACGUAGGCAUGACCUUCAAUGGUUCUCAGCGAUCCAACUCUCUGCAUAGAAACAUUGACGUGGCACCAUCCGUUUUAGCUCAUCAAGGCUUCUCUUCUAGCCAAAGUAACGGACAGAGCGGAAAAAUAUUUGUUGUAGGCAAGCUGAUGUUUUCAGCAGGAGAUGCAAUGAAUGCAGACCCUCUGACUACCUUCUUUUCAGUUGUGUUAGUGAUGAUGUUACUAUGCAUUUGUGUAUUUAGCAUUUAUAAUAGUUUUUUUAGUUUUAACUCACUAGAAUAA